UCAAGGGUGCACACUCAGCAUUACUAUGGAAACAAGUCAACUGUGCACGACGCAAAUCUCGUGGUCAGCUGGGUCCACAUAAAGGACAUUCAUAUCUUGACUCAUACUGGUUAAGGAACCUUGCGCGAUAGAUGGCGUCUCUGGGCUCCUCCAAGCUGCAGACCAAGAUGAGUGCGUGGACGCCCCUCAACCACCCAGUAGCUAAUGGCAAGGUCUUUUCAGAGAGACGAACUCUGCUUGUUAAAUGGUUCGACAAGUGGUCGGAGGGCCAGAGGAAGUGUGUCCUGCAGGACUUCCUAUCCCGGUGUUCAGCGGUUCAGCUGCGGUUUGUGAGCAGCUCCCUGGAGCGGCAGCUCCCCCUGCAGGCGGUGGACUUCACCUGCAUGCUGCCGCGGGUCCUAUCUCUAUUCAUCUUCUCCUAUCUCGACCCCCGCAGCCUCUGUCGUUGUGCCACGGUGAGCUGGCACUGGCGGGGCAUCGUGGAGCUGGACCUGCUGUGGAUGCCAAAGUGUGUGCGCCUCGCCUGGACUCUCCCCUUCUCCCCAACCCCCUAUGAGACCAGCGUCUGGAAGAGGCUCUACGUGGAGACCGUCAGGAUGCUGCGAUGCACUGCGGGACCCCAGACCCCAUGCUGCCAGGCAUUCAUAGUUCCUGAGGUCACCGCCAUCCGAUCCGCGACUCCAAACCCCAUAGAACAAGCCCUGUUCGACCAGGUGCGCUUGAUAUACACCCCCCAGCAGGCCAGAGACGAACCUUCCAGCAGGAGGAGCCUAGAGGCAGGGGAGGGGCAGCAGCCGGGCCUGGGUCUACCUCCAUGGAGACACGCCGACAGACACCCUAAAGACACCCAGCGCUUCAACUACCUGUCCAACCUGGACCCCGUGGAUCAGGCUAAGCAAGCGCAAAUGCGGGGCAGCAUGGACAGCGUGAGGAAGCCGCUGACUGCGGGCAGCUAUAAACUACGCAAAGCCAAGUCCCAGCCAAGUCAGACACGUCCAGACUGGGCCACGCCCACCCCCUCCUCCUGCGACCCCCAUGUUACCAUGGCGAGCCGGGCGGCAUCGGCCCAGUGGAAUGCUGGGAUCCGGCCGGGUCCGGUGAGGCCGGCGGUCCCUAGGCUGAGUGUGGAGGCCCUCAGAGCCUCCCAGCGGACAUCACGGAGCCCUCCCAGCGUACCGCUGUUUGAGAGCCAGCCUUGGAUAUCCUUGGAUCAUAGAACACCCAAUUUACACCCUCUGCUGGAAUAA